CGCUAUUGUCAAAAAUCAGCUGUUUUUAAUCCAAAAUUCAAAAACGAAUGGAAUGUUUUUAUUUAUAUUUCAAAUAAAUAAACAAUUAAUUAUCGAAAAAUACUGAUUAGCAUAAUCAACAUGAGCAAUAACAAAAACAAAGACGAUAAUAAUAGACCAAUAACAUCCAGUCCUGCUUCCACUGUAUCAGGAAAAACGUCGGUCAGUGAGGACGUUGACCAAAGUUUGCCUAAUAAUUUGGUGUGCGAGGAAUUACAAUUGGCCAUAAAUAAGGAAGCAUCUGAAAACGACCUAACACAAGCAAUUAACCGAUGUAAAGAACUGAUACUAGAAAAUUUUGAAUGUUCCAUUGAGAGAAAGUGGCUGGUCAGACAUUUGAUUGAACUUAGAUUGAGGAAGCAAGAGCACCGGGAAGCAAUGGCUGAUCCACAGCAUCCAGGUAACAAAUCCAGCGGCGUAUCGAAUAGGACAAUCAAAGGACAUCACCUUAAACUACAGCCUCUACUAAAAACAGCCACGCAUCCCUACUGCGACCAUUGCACCGGAACAAUUUGGAGCGUGGUCCAAGCCUGGUACAUGUGCGACGAUUGCGGCUACUGUUGCCAUUACAAGUGCAUGUCUUCGAUUGUCAGGGAAUGUGCUCACGUCGUUGCUUGCGAACGAGGACAAUACGAACUCCGAAUUUGUCCCGAAAUCGGAAUGGCCGAGCAAAAGUAUCUUUGCGCUGAGUGCGGAACACAGUUGGUUUUGAACAAAGAAUGGUCAGACAUCCGUCGCUGCGACUACAACGGCCUCUACUACUGCUCGGCCUGCCAUUGGAACAGCUCGGCAAUAAUUCCGGCUCGAGUCAUCCACAAUUGGGACUUGGACCCUCGUUCCGUUUCGCAAUCGAGCCUCCAGAUACUGAAAGUCACAGCCGACCGGCCUCUGAUAAACUUGGAAAAGCUAAACCCGCAGCUUUUCACACGAAUCCAGGAACUGAAUUUGGUUAAAAGGCUGCGCAAAGAACUUCAAGGCAUUCGGAAAUAUUUACUGGUUUGCAGGCGGGCGAACGAAGAGCAUUUGAUUUGGAAAUGCGAUAGGCCUCAUUUAAUAGAAAACCUGGACAUGUACAGUUUACAAGAUUUGGUCGAUACGCAUUCCGGUGAUUUACCUUCGAAAUUGCACAAUUUUGUUGAUAUUUAUACGAAACACAUCAAAGUAGAUUGCGAAGUUUGCAAAGGCCGAGGGCACAUUUGUGAGGUAUGCAAAAACGAGGAAGUCUUGUUCCCUUUUGUCAUUUCCGCGUUUGUUUGUCAAAAUUGUAAAGCGGUGUUUCAUAAAAGUUGUAUGGAGAGGAAGAAUAAUGAGUGUCCGCGAUGUUUGAGGAUUAGAAAAAGAUUUGAAAGUGAACUUGAAUCAAUUAAUGAUGAAGAUAAGUAGUUUGAGGUACUUUUUGAAACAAGUUUCUGCCAAUUUCAGCAAACAACUGCAUGUGGCAACGUCAAAAUAUUGCAGAAGAGUUUUGAUUUAAACUGUUGCCAAACUUUCAAUGUUUUCUUCAAAUUGGUGAGUUUUUAAAAACAAAUUGCUAGCAUUUUAUAUACAUAUUUCUGACGUAACGUUUUCUUUUGAUGAUUAUGCGUGGCAAGAUUGAUUUUAUUUAUUUUCAAGAGGUUGAAACAUGGAUAGACCUAUAAUGUGCAAUUUUUUUAAUUAGAUUUAUUAUUUAUUAAUAAUCAGUAUUGGUUUGUUGUUAGGGUAUUAUUACUAAUUGGAAAAUGGGGAAAUAUCAAACAUUUUCAAUGGCAUACUAAUUGUGAUAAUGUAUAUUAAAUUGAAACUAAAAGAAAUAUUUUGUGUUUUAUUUCCUCAUCUCGUGUAUUUGCUGAAUGUUGUCUUGCCUGACUGUAAAUAUCCUAAGUCAAUCUGAUAUGAGAAAAUUAGAAAGAUACAUUUUAAAAAAUCGCAAGUGACUACUUGUUCUGCCUCACAUCCUCCCUAUUUAUUUUUUC